UCGCGAAACUGGAAACACUGAAAAUUAACUUCAAACUUCUACGAUUGAUAGGUCCCAAGCAAGUGAUCGUCGUGCGAAUAACCUAAAAUACUAAAUUAACAUUAUAUUUGUAAACUAAAAAUGAAGCGAAAAUCUUCUUCAGUGCAUGAUGAGGAAGCCAAAGUGUCCCAGUUGCUGUUUAACAAAACAAAGAAAUUUGUUGAAAAUUUAAAUCCAAAAUCUAAUGAAGAACCAAGUGUCGAUCUAAAACCAGCAUGGGUUGAUGAAGACGAUGACAAUUUUAGAGCCAAUAUUAUACCAAAUGUCAACAGCACAAACCUGUAUACAGAAAAACUUAAACAAAAAUAUGAAACUUUGAUGGGAACCCCAAGUUGGGCUAAACUGAACAAAAAGACAAAAAAAGACCAAGAAGAAGAUGAAAUAUUAAGGACAGUUGGACAUUUACACAGUAAGAAAUCACAUCAUCUCCCAAAAGAUUUUCUAGAAAUAAAGAAGUUUCCACAAAUUAAUCCUCCAUCAGACAGUAAAAAGUCAACAAUAAUAUCAUGUGUUGAAUUCCAUCCUAAGAUAAGUGCUGCACUUGUGGCUGGGCACUCUGGUGAAGUAUCAUUGUACUCUGUGGGAGGUGAUGUAAACAACAAACUACACAGCUUCAAGCUAAACAAAUGGCGCGUCACAGCAGCUCAAUUUACUCCUGAUGGGUCGGAAGCAUUCAUAGCAUCUAAAAUGAGCCAUGCUUACUGUGUAUACAAUCUUGUAAAAGCUGAAUCAAAAAUGGUUCAACUUCCACGAGCAGUGAAAAAUGCUGUUUUUUUUAAAAUGUCAGGUGAUGGCAAAUACAUAGCCACUUGUGAUGGUUAUGAAACUGUGUACCUAAUGUGUCCUGCAUCCAAAGAAUUGCUGAAGUCUUUGAAACAUAAUACUAGUGUUGCGUCUCUAGCAUUUAGCCAUGACUGUACUCAGUUAUAUUGUUACGGUGUUGAAGGAGAAAUCACUAUUUGGGAUUUAUCAACAUACAGACCAUUGAAAAAAUUUUAUGACCAAGGAUGUGUUACAGCCUCUUGUAUGAAGAUAAGCCCAUGUGGGAAAUUAUUGGUCACAGGUAGUGGUGAAGGAAUUGUCAACAUAUACCAAACUGAAAACAUAACUACUUCUGAUCCAACACCUCUGAAGGUGAUUUCAAACCUUACAACUAAAAUAACAAAUCUUAAUUUUAAUGCAACAACAGAAAUACUUUCAGCAUCAUCAGGCUUUUAUCCGAAUGCAGUAAAACUUGUGCACAUUCCCUCCUACCAUGUGUUUGCCAAUUUCCCGAGUCCUACAUUAAACCUCCAUCAAGUAGAUACAGUUAGUUUUUCACCUAACAGUGGGUACAUGGCUCUAGGAAAUAACAAGGGAUGUGCUUAUUUGUAUAGACUUAAGUAUUACAAAAAUUAUUAAUAAAAAUAAUGACAACUGA